CAAAGAGCCAGUGGCGCCGCAGGUCGGGAGGAGGAGCACCGAGUGGAGGGCUCGUUUGCCUGGGCGGCUCGAGAGUCUCUUCUUCGCGGGCGCUGGGCCGCCAUCUUAGAUGGCGGGAGUAAGAGGAGAGCGAGAGUGAGACGGGGAGGCUCCCCUGCCGCUCUUCUUGGGCCCCGAAGAGGGCCAGCAGGCCGGGCUUGGGGCGUGUGCCCUGAGGUGCGGAGCGCGAGUGCAACGAUGCGAGGGCUGCCCGGGGCCCCGUCCCCUGGGCUGGGGACGCGCCGAAUGUGACCGCCUCCCGCUCCCUCACCCGCCGCGGGGAGGAGGAGCGGACCAGACGCCGCAGCCGGACGACGGGACACGGAGGCGGCCCGGCUCCCUCAGGUUUAAGUAUUGUGUAAGCUGCAUCAAUGGAGCACAUACAGGGGGCCUGGAAGACGAUCAGCAAUGGUUUUGGAUUCAAAGAUGCAGUGUUUGAUGGCCCUAGCUGCAUCUCCCCUACAAUAGUUCAGCAGUUUGGCUAUCAGCGUCGGGCGUCAGAUGAUGGCAAACUUACGGACUCUUCUAAGACAAACAGCACUAUCCGUGUUUUCUUGCCAAAUAAGCAAAGAACAGUGGUCAAUGUGCGAAAUGGAAUGAGCUUGCAUGACUGCCUUAUGAAAGCACUCAAGGUGAGGGGCCUGCAGCCGGAGUGCUGUGCAGUGUUCAGACUUCUCCAGGAACACAAAGGUAAAAAAGCACGCUUAGAUUGGAAUACUGAUGCUGCCUCAUUGAUUGGAGAAGAACUUCAAGUAGAUUUCCUGGAUCAUGUUCCCCUCACAACACACAACUUUGCUCGGAAGACCUUCCUGAAGCUUGCCUUCUGUGACAUCUGUCAGAAGUUCCUGCUAAAUGGAUUUCGAUGUCAGACUUGUGGCUACAAAUUUCACGAGCACUGUAGCACCAAAGUACCUACUAUGUGUGUGGACUGGAGUAAUAUCAGACAACUCUUAUUGUUUCCAAAUUCCACUAUUGGUGAUAGUGGAGUCCCAGCACUGCCUUCUUUGACAAUGCGUCGGAUGCGAGAGUCUGUUUCCCGGAUGCCUGUUAGUUCCCAGCACAGAUACUCCACACCCCAUGCCUUCACAUUCAACACCUCCAGCCCCUCCUCUGAAGGUUCCCUCUCCCAGAGGCAGAGGUCAACAUCCACACCUAAUGUCCACAUGGUCAGCACCACGCUGCCUGUGGACAGCAGGAUGAUUGAGGAUGCAAUUCGAAGUCACAGUGAAUCAGCCUCACCUUCAGCCUUGUCCAGCAGCCCCAACAAUCUGAGCCCAACGGGCUGGUCACAGCCUAAAACCCCUGUGCCGGCACAGAGAGAGCGGGCACCAGGAUCCGGGACCCAGGAGAAAAACAAAAUUAGGCCUCGUGGACAGAGAGAUUCAAGCUAUUACUGGGAAAUAGAAGCCAGUGAAGUGAUGCUCUCCACUCGGAUUGGGUCAGGCUCCUUUGGAACUGUUUAUAAGGGCAAAUGGCAUGGAGAUGUUGCAGUAAAGAUCCUAAAGGUUGUCGACCCCACACCAGAGCAGUUCCAGGCCUUCAGGAAUGAGGUGGCUGUCCUACGCAAAACACGACACGUGAACAUCCUGCUCUUCAUGGGGUACAUGACAAAGGACAACCUGGCAAUUGUGACCCAGUGGUGCGAGGGCAGCAGCCUCUACAAACACCUGCACGUCCAGGAGACCAAGUUCCAGAUGUUCCAGUUGAUUGACAUCGCCCGGCAGACUGCUCAGGGAAUGGACUAUUUACAUGCAAAGAACAUCAUCCACAGAGACAUGAAAUCCAACAAUAUAUUUCUCCAUGAAGGCCUGACGGUGAAAAUUGGAGAUUUUGGUUUGGCAACAGUCAAGUCACGCUGGAGUGGUUCUCAGCAGGUUGAACAACCCACUGGCUCUGUCCUGUGGAUGGCCCCAGAGGUGAUCCGAAUGCAGGAUAAUAACCCGUUCAGCUUCCAGUCUGAUGUCUAUUCCUAUGGCAUUGUACUCUAUGAGCUCAUGACAGGGGAACUGCCUUACUCCCACAUCAACAACCGAGAUCAGAUCAUCUUCAUGGUGGGCCGAGGGUAUGCCUCCCCAGACCUUAGUAAGCUAUACAAGAACUGCCCCAAAGCAAUGAAGAGGCUUGUAGCUGACUGCGUGAAGAAAGUUAAGGAAGAGAGGCCUCUUUUUCCCCAGAUCUUAUCUUCCAUCGAGCUGCUCCAACACUCUCUACCGAAAAUCAACCGGAGCGCUUCUGAGCCAUCCCUGCAUCGGGCGGCGCACACCGAGGAUAUUAAUGCCUGCACGUUGACCACGUCCCCUAGACUGCCUGUCUUCUAGCUGACUUCACACCUGCGCUCAGGCCACCAGGGGAGGAAGGGAAGUCAGCAGGCACCACCUUUCUGCUCCCUAUCUAUGGGGACAGAGCUCAUCUUCAGAGAAGCUGCUGCUAAGGACCUUCUAGAUUACUCACAGGGCCUUAACUUCAUGUUGCCUUCUUUUCUAUCCUUUCUGGCCCUGGGAGAAGGAAGCCAUUCGCAAUGCUGGUUUCUCCUGCUCCCUCCCUGCAUCCCCACACUCAUGAGCCAAGCCUUCUCCAGAUGCACCAAUGGCUACUGAUGGCAAUACAUGAUCUGGGGCCCCAGCUAUUGGCUAAAUGAGUAUUUUUAGGGCAGGAAAAAGCACUCGGAGGGGAAAUGAAGGUAGCAGGGCAGGCAAACUAGCCCUGAUGUGGGGACACAUGGAUUUUGGAAAUCAGCUCCUAUGAGGAAUGCUUAUCACAGGAAGGACUUUUCUUCAGAGAGAGUGGUGUAGCACCAAACAAACAGGUAGUUUUGCACAUAAUGCACUAAACAGCCCAGGACUGUCAAGACCAUGGCCGCCUGAAGAAGCCUGCUUUGGUACUAUGGAACUUGACUUUGGGGACACUUUCUUUUCUUGGAGGUCUCCAGUGCAUUGGGAUGGUUUUCCCGAAGAGGCGCUUGGCCUGCCCCUCCCAGUCUCCGCCCUCUCAGGGAGCAGUCUUCCAUCAUGCUGAAUUUAGUCUUCCAGGAGCUGCCCCUAUGGGGCGGGGCCACCAGGCUAGCCUUGUCUCUCUACAGUCAGUCACAUGUAUACAAGGAAGCCAGGAAUACAGGUUUUCUUGAUGAUUUGGGAUUUAAUUUUGUUUUUAUUGCGCCUGACAACACCACAGUUAUCCAAUUGUUCCUCAAUUAUGUUAUUUUAAUAAAAUAAAUUAAAUGUAGGU